AAAUUUAUCGUCUUAUGGGUCGUUAUGAUUUAGCACUUAAUGAUUUUAAUUCUUCAUUACAAAGUGAAGAAACUUUAUUCGCUUUAGAAAGACGUGGAACUAUGUAUAGAUUUUUAAAAAGAGAUAAAGAAGCUUUAAAUGAUUUUUCAAGAGUUCUUCAAUUAGAUUCAAGAAGUUUUGCAGCUCAUAAAGGUUGUGCAGAAAUUUAUCUUAAUCAAAAUGAUUAUGAUAAAGCUCUUAUACAUAUGAAUUUAGCAUUACAAUUAGAACAAUUUGAUUUUUCAUUAUUAAAAGGUAGAGGAAAAGUUAAUCAAAAUCUUGGAUAUUUUGAAAAUGCUUUAAAAGAUUAUAAUAUAGCAUUAAGAAUUUGUCAAGAUGAUUUAGAAGUACUUUUAAAUCGUGGUGAAUUAUAUCGAUUAAAACUUUUAGAUCAUAAUAAAGCAAUGCAAGAUUAUACAAAA